CUCUGUCCCUCUGUCCCUCUGUCCCUCUGUCCCUCUGUCCCUCUGUCCCUCUGUCCCUCUGUCCCUCUGUCCCUCUGUCCCUCUGUUUCCAUUUUAAUGUAUCGAUCAGUUAAAUUUGAAAUGAAACAUAAUAUUCAACUUUCACGUACAUUGAGUGAUACAUUCCUCAAAUUGUUUGAACCUUACUCAUUUUACCUUCAUAUUUGUAGCUAUGCCAAGAGUCUACGCAGUCCUAGGGUUGCUGACUGUCGCACUUCUCAAUCUUGGUGGGGCCGGGGCACACUCGAAACAUUCGUACCAGACGAUUGAGGAAGACAACUACUCUUGGAAAGAAGCUGAGGGCUACCAGGAAUGCCAGGAAUUCUCAAAUGACCCCGGAUACAACGAGUUUCUGAUGAACUCUGACGCUCAAGACUCUGACGGAAGCUCUCCGAACGAUCUUGGAAAUAACCCUGACGAUCAGGGAAAUUUCCGAAAAAAUCCUAAACCAAAACCCCUUGAAGAGAUCUGCGGACCCUACGAGUGCCCGAUGUUCCAGAAAGUCGAGUCAUCAGGAUGCGGAUUUGAGGAGAGAAUCAUUCUGCGUGCCAACUGGACCGUUACUGACAUUGACCUGAAAUCACCUAACGGAUAUCGGGAGGCCUACUUCCGUCUUCAUGGCUACAGGAGCGGAGCAAUGAACGACCGUGGCCUUGAGAUGGAUAUGGCGGUUCCUGUCGUCAAGAAAUGGUGGAUGGAUGAAGACGGUAAUACCCUAGCAGCUACAAUGAGCUUCUACAUUCCUGCAGACGUCCAGAGCAACCCUCCAGCCUCGACAGACGAGCAGCUAAGAGUGGAGCAGUGGGACGACGCUACAAUCUACAUACGGGCCUACGGCGGGGACAGACACGAUCCAGAACAUCUCAAGCAGUUCGAGCUUCUGAAGACAGCUCUAGCAAAGCAGAACCUGACACCGUACCCUUAUAUGAAAAUGACAGCUGGAUUCACGCGACCUGGAUAUGGAAGACAGCGCAGAGAGGUCAUUCUGGUUGACAACGCAGAUAUGGUUUAAUCUUACCUUUAAACUUUAUUAACGGGACUUAAACUGAGUGGUUCAUAACUCAAAUGACUUGAGUUUAAUUAAAUUAUGGAUAAUUUUCUUUAGGCUGAGAGAGAUAAGAGAACUAGAAACAUGGCCGAAAUGGUUUUAAAAUUAUUUUUUAUCCGUUUUAAAAAUGUGUAUCAUGCACUAUGGUAGUCUUGUGAUUUUUAAAAUCCAUCUUGUUUUAAAUGAAAUAUUUUAUUGUCAUGUUAUACAAUAUAUUGAUAUCUUUGUAAAAAACAAAUGAUUAGACUUAAAAAGAAACUGGUAAGAAUUGUUGGUUCGU